AUGUCAGCCCUCAGCCUGGUCGUCCUGAGCCUGCUGAUGGCAGUCCCCCCCGCCAGCUGUCAAGGCCGGGGGAACCUGCAGCCCUGGAUGCAAGGCCUUAUCGCCAUGGCUGUGUUCCUGGUCCUCGUCGCAAUCGCCUUUGCUGUCAACCACUUCUGGUGCCAGGAAGAGCCGGAGCCUAUAAACAUGGUCAUGACCAUUGGAAACAAAGCAGAUGGGAUCCUGGUGGGAACAGAUGGCAAGUACUCCUCAAAGGCAGCAAGUUUCAGGUCCAGUGAGCACGAGAAUGCCUAUGAGAACAUCCCAGAGGAGGAGGGCAAGGUCCGCAGCACCCCGAUGUGA